GUGCUGGGUGGGUGGAGGUUGUGACACUUUCCCAGAUAUGGUUCGGGUACCUUGUUGAUCACCAGCGCUCCCGCUUUCCCGGUUCCAGACGGCGGAGCGGGAGAGCGAGCGCGCCCGCACAGCGUGUUCACUCUUCCCAAACUCGCGGCUCUGCGCUCCCCUUGCAUCUAGGCGCUUCGGCUUCUCAAACACCCAGCACCGGCGAGUUUCCCUUGACAUAAACUGUCAGCCUGAUUUCAGCGGCUGACAGACGAGUUUAAACGACUGGGCGAAUUAACGCGCAGGAUACGAAUGCCUCAUUCAAGGAGCAGCUCGCCCGCAGUUUCACCGAAUCGACAACUCCAUCAAUAACCCUCUUUUCUCUUGUUGGGCACUUUUUUCUCUCCUCCUUCCAGACAUGAAAUACGGCACAGAUGGGAAUAAGUAACACAAGAGAAGGCAUGCCCUCUUGGAUUUUAAUUUUCGAGGUUGUGGUCAUUUCUCACAAAAGAAAAGCAGAAUUCAGAAAAUGCUUGGAAAAGCGGAGCUUCUCUGAAGUGAGACGCUGGGACUUGAAAGGGGGUAGCACAAAACUAAGACUGAUCGUCAGAGUGUCACAGCACUGAAAACUUCGUUUUUACGUGAAUAUUGUAUGACACUCCGAAUUAAAAUAAUAAGAAGCUCUCUGGGAAGAAUCUUCGUUGUCUUUUAACACAACCUCAACACCCAGUGCCACAAUUCGUCGGGUUGUGUGGUCAGUCAGCGACAGGUAUGAGGAAGUCCUUCGUGUGGGAACUUGCCAAAGUGCUUUGGUGCUGCGGUGUAGUCGACUCGCAGAUCGGCUCCGAUGGUGGCAUCACAACAGAGGAGCAAAUAUACCUUCUUAUUGAUGCCAAGUUACAGUGUGACCUGAAUAUUUCAGCCCAAGAACCUACAGAUGACCUGUGCCCUCCUGACUGGGAUGGUCUAAUCUGCUGGCCCAGAGGUUAUCCAGGCACAGUGACCAAGGUCCCCUGCCCAACCUACAUCUAUGACUUCAACCACAACGGGCAUGCUUACAGGAAAUGUGAUUAUAAUGGCUCAUGGGAAUUCGUGGCAAGCUUGAACCAUACCUGGACAAACUAUUCGGACUGCUUAAGAUUUCUGCAGCCUGACCAGGGAGGGGGAAAGAGGGAAUUCUUCGAGCGGCUCUAUGUCAUGUAUACUGUCGGAUAUGCGGUGUCUUUCAGCUCCCUCCUCCUUGCCAUUUUUAUCAUCGGCUACUUCAGGAGGUUGCACUGCACCAGGAACUACAUCCACAUGCACCUGUUCGCAUCCUUCAUGCUGCGUGCCAUCAGCAUCUUUGUGAAAGACAAGGUCGUCCAUACCAACGUAGUUCGGGAAGAGUUUGACUCCAUGAUCAUGGACAACUUCAAAAGCAUUUCAGUGGCUCCAGUGCUGGAUAAGACUCAGUAUAUUGGAUGCAAGAUUACAGUCCUGCUCUUCAUCUAUUUCUUGACAACCAACUAUUACUGGAUCCUUGUGGAGGGGCUUUAUCUGCACAGCCUCAUCUUCAUGGCAUUCUUCUCCGAUACCAAAUACCUUUGGGGAUUCACCUUGAUUGGAUGGGGUGUUCCGGCUCUGUUUGUGGCAGCCUGGGCAGUUGUCAGGGCAACGCUUGCAGACGCAAGAUGCUGGGAACUAAGCGCUGGUAAUAUUAAAUGGAUUUAUCAGGUUCCAAUUUUAGCAGCCAUUGGGUUGAAUUUCGUCUUGUUUGUGAACAUCGUCAGAGUCCUUGCAACAAAAAUCCGAGAAACGAAUGCAGGAAGAUAUGACACAAGGAAGCAGUACAGGAAACUGGCCAGGUCCACACUGGUGCUGGUGCUGGUUUUCGGAAUUCAUUAUAUAGUGUUUGUAGGAAUGCCUCACACCUUCCAGGGAAUCGGGUGGGAGGUGCGCAUGUACUUCGAACUCUUCUUUAACUCUUUCCAGGGAUUUUUCGUGUCUAUCAUUUAUUGCUACUGCAAUGGAGAGGUCCAGACGGAGAUCAAGAAGACGUGGGCUCGCUGGAACCUCGUCUUCGACUGGAAGAAGACCACCCAGUGCGGCAGCUACCGCUACGGCUCGGUCCUCACCAACCUGAACAGCAGCGGCAGCCAGUCCCAGCUGGCCGGCACCUCCCGCACCGCCCUGCUCUCCAGCCGGGUGUACCGCAGCGGGGGGCGGACCGUCAGCAGCCACACCACCCUGCCGGGCUACGUCAUCAGCAACUCCGACCCCGACAGCCUGCCGCCCUCCAUCCCGGAGGAGAGGGACGAGAGCGAGGAGAAGCAGGUGGACGACAUCUCGCUGAAGGAGUCCCUGCAGCCCAUGCUGGACGCCAGCACGGCGGAGGACGACGAAGAGACGUUGUGAAGCCCCCCCCCCCAAUCCUGGCGUGGGAAGGCUACACUCUGGGUAGCGGCUCAUUUCGGAAGGCACGGCGUGUCCUUGUCCGUCCCGGAAGCUGAAGAGAAGACCGACGGUAUCCCGGGUUUGACCUAAACCGGGAGAAAGAAACCGGAGCCCUUUGAGUGUCGUGUGUUAAUUCCUGCAAGUGAAAAAAAAGGCUGUCUUUCGCUGCUCGUGGUCAUUUUGUUAGGGAUUGCCAACAGAGUGACGGCUGUCCUGCAUGGGAAUUCUGAUAUUGACGUUCCAGGUCGCUCCGUUCUUGUAAGACUGAAAUCCCUUUUCAUAAUGGAUGUGAUUUGUCCGCUGCACUCUUUGUGCCAGACUGCUCUUCCUUCUGUGAUUGCUCAAUGUUUGGCGUUUGAUUGUUAACAAAGUCAUUUUCCUACAACAUGUAAAUUUGUAACAAAAAAAAAAGGCAUAAAACCAAUUAACAAUCAUUUCUAUGAAGGGCUGCAGAAAAUGACUGUGUUUCUUAUUUCCGUGUACAUGCAAAACACACAAGCAAGAAAAAAAUAGGUUGUAUGGUACUGAGAUUGUUGGCCAACGUGCAUACCCCUGAUGAAUAUAUCCUCAUAAUACUUUUUGGGAUGAAAAAUAAAAAUGCAAAUAUUUUUGA